UAAACGUUCCUAGCUCUUUUAUCGGUCGAUCAGUAAAUUAAUUAAUUAAUUAAACCAGAUUUAAUAAUGUCUAUAAUUGUCGUGGUGGUGAUGCUCAUAGUACCUGCUUGGUCCUGUGAUCAGACAAUCAAGGGAGCCUGUUGUUGCUCAGUGAGGCACUAUGGGGAGGUGAUGACAGCCCUGAGGAGGAACCCAGUACAGAGGACUAAAGGGAUAGCAUUCUGGCCAUCGGAACCAUGCACUACAGAAAGUGCACGUAAGUACGUCUCUACUGUGGCGGUGGUUGCAGAUAAUCACAUCUCCACCUUUAACCAUUUCGUUUUGGAUCAAAGGAUGAAGGUACGUGGUUGCAGGUUAAGCUACACUUGGGACACACAGUGGACACAGUGCCCCCCUAAAAACUGCACCGUCACUCAUAUACCCCCGGAAUCAAGAUACAUGAUUAAAAUCAAAUUGGAAUGUAGGACGUCCGCUCAGCUUAGUCAGAUAGAUGUAUGUCCUAUCGUCAUCGGAUUCAACGACCCGAAUGUGGAUUACCAGCCAGGGAACCAUUUGCUAAGGUACCCUGACCAAGGAUAUGAGAUUCAAGAUCUGGCUGUGCAGGAAGAAAAGGAAUGCUCGGAUUGCUGUUUGGUUUCGAGGUGGAUCCCGGAAAGUGCUCGUUCUUCCAUCGCGUCCGGACAAAAGGGACCUUAUAACCGCCGACGACACACCGUUAACAGAUGCUCCGCAUAUACUGGACCCAAGAAGGGGUGUCAUUGUUUUCCGACAAAAACGACGGAUAUCCCACUAACUGUAAACAAAGACGAGGUCAGGACAGCCCACGAUUUCGACUUUGAAGAACAUCUGAAGUGUGGUGUCUUUUGUUUUGAUAAUGCUAGGAGGACAAGGAAGAAAAGAAAAAAGAAAAAAAAAGUGGAUGAUGAUUAUUGAUUAAUCACUCUACACUCGACUGUCACCAGUCACGUGACUUUCUAAACACGUUCUCUAGCUGGCCCUGAAUGACUAUUCGAAAUCCUAGCUCUCUAAUCUGAUCCCAACCCUAACCCUAUCCCAAUCUUUAACAAAAGCAUACACUGAAACCCUAACCCUAACGAGAGAUUAGACCAACUUCCUUAUACGGUCAUAUCACGUGAUCGAAACAGUUUUUCGCUAAUAUCUCGCUAGGGGAGCAUUUUAACCCUAUUGCCUAUG